GCGGGAAGUUCCACUGUGCGUGCGUUUGUGCCGUGUUAAAAGUGGUGCGUGUGCAUCAAGAGCCUCACUCUUGAUCUUUGUCUUGCUAUUCGACGACUUCUUCAUUCCAGAGUGUACAUGUGUGCGGCAUGAAAGCGUGUGUGCUGUGUUGGUGUGCGUGUUGCGUGUGGUGGACGGUGAGCGCUCAGCAGGCCGGAACGUACCUGGUAAGCGCCCCCACGGUUUUGCGCGUGGACGCGCUGGAGACGGUCCUGGUGCAGAUGUUUGGCUUCUCCGAGGAGGUCAGGGUCUACGUCUUCAUCAAGACCUCCAUGGCGCCAGACCACCAGGUUCUGUCCCGUCAGGCGGUGACCCUCAACACCCAGAACCAGCACCAGGCCAUCGCCUCAGUGAGGAUCUCGUCGGGGCAGCUGGACAAGGCUGUGGAUCAUGUGACCCUCCACGUCCAAUCGGUGCAGAUCAACCAGCACGUGUCGCUUCCCGUCAGCCGGAAAAACGGCUUUUUGUUCGUUCAGACCGACAAACCUCUGUACACACCCACUCAGAGCGUGAAGGUGCGUGCCUUUUCGCUAAACCAGGAGCUUCAUCCGGCCAAUCGCAGCGUCUUCCUCACCUUCAAGGAUCCCGAUCGUCAGACGGUGGACGUGCAGGAGCUGUUGGACCUGAACAACGGGAUCCCAUCCAUGCAGAACCCCUUUAAGAUCCCCAUCAGACCAAAGUUGGGAAUCUGGUCCAUCGAAGCGUCGUAUUCGGACCUCUUCAGCACCAGAGCCACCACGUAUUUUGAGAUCAGAGAAUACGUUCUUCCCAGUUUCUCCAUCGUGGUCCAGUCUGAAGUCAACUACAUUAGCUUUGGGAACUUUCAACGUUUCUGCUUCAAAGUGGAGGCCAGGUAUCUUCACGGCGGUCCGGUUUCUUUGGGCGAGCUCUUCCUGCGCUUCGGCUAUGUGAGCCAGAAGGAACGUCCGGUUAUCAUCCCAAACUCCGUGACCAGGGAGAGAUUGUCGCCAUCCGGUGAGGUGGACGUGUGCGUGAACAUGGAUGAGGUUUUGUCCAAACACGAUGGAGCCAAAGACCUUCACGCUCUCGUUGGGAAGUUCCUGUAUAUUGCUGUGCUGCUCCAGGAGGAAAACGGUGGUAUCAGCCAGGAGGCGGAAUUUUCAGCUGUGAAGUUUGUCAAAUCACCUUUCAGUCUGACUCUGGUGUCCACGCCCCCUUUCAUCAAACCCGGACUUCCUUACAACAUCCAGGUUCUGGUGAAGGACCACCUGGAGCAGCCGGUGAGCCAGGUUGCGGUGCGUGUGUCCGAGCAACGCGUGUGGAGUCGUGACGGAGAAGUGGACGUCAAAGUGUGCCCCGAGCACGGGCGCAGCCAAGCGGAAGGUCUGGCCAUCUUUGUUUGCAACACGCCCGCCACGGCCGCCAAGGUCUCGCUCACGUUGGAGACGUCGGAGCCGUCCCUACCUGCCGCCAGUCAGGCCCGUCUGGUUGUCACGGCGGCGGCGUACGAGUCUCCCAACCGCCGCUACCUUUACAUCGACCCACCGCUGUCCGGCCGGGACCUUCAGGUGGGCCGCUUGGCCAACAUCAAGGUGUACUCUUCUGCCCACGUGCCCGUCGACGCGCUCAGCUUCCUGGUGCUGUCCAAAGGCAAGACGGUCCAUUUCGGCAGCCGCGCCUCGGUCGCCGGCAACGACUACCAGCAAACGCUCAGCUUCCCGGUGACGGACGCCAUGGUUCCGUCCGUCCGCCUGCUGGUUUACUACAUCCUGCACAGCGGCGGGGGCGCGUCCGAGCUGGUGGCCGACUCGGUCUGGCUCAAAGUCGGCGGCGUCUGCGUCGGCGGACUUCGGACCGAACUGUCCUCGAGGAAGCAGGACUACAGGCCAAAGGAAGACCUGCAGCUGGACGUCCGCACCAAUCGGGAGGGGCUGGUGGCGUUCUCCGCUGUGGACUCCGCCCUCUAUCACCUGUACCCCAACUAUAGAGACCCCGUUUCCACGGUGCUGCGUCACAUCGAGCAAAGCGACCGAGGCUGCGGAGGGGGCGGCGGCAAAGACGCGUCCGACGUCUUCCGCUUGGCCGGCCUCACCUUCAUCACCAAUGCCGACGCCAAGCCGACACCCGGGGGUGCGGCGUGCACGGCUGCCGUGCGGAGCAAACGAACGCUGACGGAAGAGAUGAAGCGCGACAAAGCGGCUUCUUUCGGAGCGCUGAAGCCCUGCUGCCAGGCCGGCAUGAAGUACAUCCCCAAGAGCGUGACCUGCCAGCAUUUUGCCCAGCAGAGCAUCCGCCGGACGCCGCAUCACGCUUCCUGUCGCCUGGUCUUCACAAAGUGCUGCGAGUUUGUCCAGCAGCACCUGGACCGAGAGCAGAGGCUGAUCCUGGGCCGCCACGACAUGGGGGCCGACUUUGACGCGGCGCCCUCUCUGGUCAGGAGUUUCUUCCCCGAGAGCUGGCUGUGGGAGGUCCAGCCCAGCAGAGGAGGCCAGAUGUCCGUCACCCGGGCACUUCCCGACUCGCUGAGCACGUGGCACUUGAAGGCUGUGGGGAUGUUCGGCGACGGCAUCUGCGUGUCGGAGCCGCUGCGGGUGUCGGCGCAGCUGCCGCUCAGCGUGGACGUGCCGCUCCCUUACCAGGCGGUCCGCGGCGAGCAGCUGGAGCUGAGCGGCUCCGUGUACAACCGGCGGGCGGAGAGCGUCACGUUCUGCGUCACGCUGACGGUUGGGCCGCAGGUGUGCCUGCUCCGGUCCCAGCCGGCUGCCGGCGGGGCGGGGCUUCGCUCCACCGUCUGCCAGUGGAGCCCGCUGCCGGCCAAGGCCGUGACCAAGGUGUCGUUCACCGUCAUGGGGCUGGAGGCCGGAGAACACACGUUGACCUUCGCCCUGGAGACCCAGAACCAGGGAACCCAGGAUGUGCUGGAGAAGAAACUGCGAGUGGUGCCCGAGGGGGUGAAGAUGGAAGAUUAUUCCGGCGGCGUUUUGGACCCGCAGGGGCUUUACGGUUCCGAGAAGACGACGGUGGUGCUAAAGAACCUGCCGCCGGCCAACACGGUUCCCAACACGGCUGUGGAAAGAUCUCUGAGCAUCAACGGUGAACUUCUGGGAGAUGUCUUGGCGGUGGUCCUGGACCCCGAAGGCCUCCGACAGCUGAUCAACCUUCCCGGUGGCUCGCUGGAGGCCGAGCUGGGCAGGGUUCUCCCCGUGGCCCUGACGUACCAGUACUUGGAAACCACCGGCAGCUGGCUUAGCCUGGGCGGAGACAUCCGGAAGAACUCGGCUCACCUGAGACAGAGAAUCAAAGAAGGACUGGUCAGCAUCUCUUCGUUCCGGCACCGAGAUGCCAGUUACGGCAUGUGGACCAAGAGGGAAGCCAGCACCUGGCUAACGGCGGCGGCGGUUCGGACCUUGGCCUCCGUGGACCCCGUGCUCCGGGUAGACCGCCAAGCUCUGUCCGAAUCGGUGUCCUGGCUGAUCCGCAACGCUCAGAACCCGGACGGCUCCUUCUCAGACGCGUCGGCCUACAGAGCCAACAAAUUCAUGGCGGAGGGUGCGGAGCCGGUGGAGCGCUCGCUCUACCUGACGUCACUGGUCCUCAUAGCGCUAUGUCGGGCGAGCGCCAUCCAGGAGCGCGUCCUGCAACUCAAGUUCCACGACGACAGCAUGCACUCCGCCGCCGGCUACAUUUCCCGCCACGCCGUGACGGUCAAGAGCGUGUACGUGCGGGCGCUGGCCACCUACGCCCUGACGCUUCACGACCCCAACGGCGCCGCCGGCGUCACACUCUUCAACAGCCUGGAGACGCUGGCCAGGCAGAAAGGACAUCCGGUUGUGCUCAGGUACUGGCAGGAGUCCGGCACCGCAUCGGAGUGGCUCAGACCCGACCGAGCCAGUGGCCUGACGGUGGAGACGACAGCCUACGGGCUGCUCAGCGCGCUGCUGAAGGGCCGGAUUCCGUACGCCAACCCCAUCGUGUCCUGGCUGACCCAGGAUCAGCACUACGGGGAGGGAUUCUACUCACUGCAGGACACGGUCUUGACUCUGGAGGCUUUGACCGAGUACAGCCGGGUGGUCCCUCGCGCCGUCCUCGAUCAGGACAUCCACGUCCGCUACGGACGAACGGGAACGCUGACUCGGGUCCACCUCAGCCCUGGGCGGCCGGUGGCUACACCCAUCCAGGUGUCGGGGAACGACGACAUCAUCGUUUCCACGGGAUUCGGGAGGGGCGUGUCCAGCGUCAAGAUGAAGACGGCCUACUACCAGAUGACGGCGCCCUCUCGCAACUGCAACUUUGAGCUGAGCGUCGAAAUUGUCGGCGUGGAUGACGGCUCAAGCUUGCGUGAACCUCACCUGUCCGCAUGUGCCAAGUACAAGCCUCCUCCUAACGAGCUGGUGACUGAGUCGGCCAUGACGGUGAUGAAGAUCCAGCUGCCGACCGGCGUGGAGGCGUACCUGGAGGACCUGAGACAGUUCCGAGACGCCCUGGAGCCCGUCGUCUCGCACUACGAGCUUCAGGGCAACACGGUGGUCAUCCAGAUGGACUCGGUUCCGUCCGAUGUCUUUCUGUGCGUGGGCUUUCGGAUCCGCGCUGGCUUUGUGGUGGGCGGAGCCGGCGACUCCCUGCUGACUGUUUCUGAGCCCCAGGACAAAGGAAGUUUGUGUAGCAAAAGCUUCUCCUACAAGGAGCAGAAGCUGCAGCGCCUCUGUGUGGCUGACCAGUGCCAGUGCAUGACAGCUGCUUGCGCGACCUACCGAGCCAAGCCCGACCCGACGUUGACUGCCGCCCAACGCCUCCAAGAAACGUGUCAGCCUCACAUCAAAUAUGCUUACAAGCUGCAAGUCAAGUCUUCGCAAACAGACGGAGACUUUGUGAUCAUCACAGCCAGCGUGCGCGAAGUCCUCAAGAACGCCGACGCAGGGUUCGAGGCGUUGGGAUCUGGCUCGGAGGUGGAGCUCAUCAAAAAGGUCACGUGCAACCUGGUCCAGGUGGAGCUGGACCAGCAGUACCUGCUGAUGGGAUCUAGUGGGUCCGAGCUGCGGGCGGGCCGCGUGUCCAGGUUUCGCCUGCCCCUGGACACAGACGCCAUCCUGGAACCCUGGCCCGUCCGAUGUGAAGAUCCGGCCUGCUCGGCGCACACAGCCAGCAUGGACGAGUACGCUCUGGACCUCCAGCUCUUCAGCUGUCCUAAGGCCUGACGGCAUCCCGCGAUGUCAGCGGCGCUAUCGUGACAUAACAAUUGCUGGACCGACACCAUGAAAUGAAUUUGAUAUUGUGACAUUUGA